CAUCUGUUCCAUCCCACUCUCCUGUCUUCCUCCUCUCCGCUCCCCGAUCUCCCUUCGGAUCCCUCUGCUUCGCCGUCCGAUCUGCUUCAAGAUGCGCGAGAUCCUUCACAUACAGGGCGGCCAGUGCGGCAACCAGAUCGGGGCCAAGUUCUGGGAGGUCGUGUGCGCGGAGCACGGGAUCGACGCCACCGGCCACUACGGCGGCGACAGUGAGCUCCAGCUUGAGCGGGUGAAUGUCUAUUACAACGAAGCCAGCUGUGGCCGCUUCGUCCCCAGGGCGGUGCUCAUGGAUCUUGAGCCCGGCACAAUGGAUAGCGUCCGGUCGGGCUCCUACGGCCAGAUCUUCCGCCCCGACAACUUCGUCUUCGGACAGUCCGGGGCCGGAAACAACUGGGCCAAGGGCCACUACACCGAGGGCGCCGAGCUCAUCGACGCGGUCCUCGAUGUUGUCAGGAAGGAGGCUGAGAACUGCGAUUGCUUGCAGGGGUUUCAGGUUUGCCAUUCACUGGGAGGUGGAACUGGUUCCGGCAUGGGGACACUACUCAUAUCAAAGAUAAGAGAAGAGUACCCAGAUCGCAUGAUGCUAACCUUCUCAGUCUUCCCAUCUCCUAAGGUUUCUGACACAGUUGUUGAACCCUACAAUGCGACUCUCUCUGUUCACCAACUGGUUGAGAACGCUGAUGAGUGCAUGGUGUUGGAUAACGAAGCUCUCUAUGACAUCUGCUUCCGAACACUCAAGCUCACUACCCCCAGCUUUGGUGACCUGAACCAUCUCAUUUCUGCCACCAUGAGUGGAGUUACAUGCUGCCUUCGCUUUCCCGGUCAGCUCAACUCCGACCUCCGAAAGCUUGCUGUCAACCUCAUCCCUUUCCCUCGGCUUCAUUUCUUCAUGGUGGGGUUUGCGCCUCUUACUUCCCGUGGAUCCCAGCAGUACCGCGCUCUCACUGUCCCCGAGCUUACCCAGCAGAUGUGGGAUGCCAAGAACAUGAUGUGUGCUGCUGACCCCCGCCAUGGGCGUUAUCUGACAGCAUCAGCAAUGUUCCGUGGUAAAAUGAGCACCAAGGAGGUGGAUGAGCAAAUGCUCAAUGUGCAAAACAAGAAUUCCUCCUACUUCGUCGAGUGGAUUCCGAACAAUGUCAAAUCCACAGUCUGUGACAUCCCUCCCACUGGGUUGAAGAUGGCAUCUACAUUCAUCGGGAACUCGACCUCAAUCCAGGAGAUGUUCCGUCGUGUCAGCGAGCAGUUUACCGCUAUGUUCCGAAGGAAGGCUUUCUUACAUUGGUACACAGGAGAGGGGAUGGAUGAGAUGGAGUUCACCGAGGCAGAAAGCAACAUGAAUGAUCUGGUCUCAGAGUAUCAACAGUACCAGGAUGCAACAGCUGAUGAUGAGGUUGAAUACGAAGAUGAGGAGGAAGGCGACUAUCAAGAGGCUUGAUAACUCGAUUAAAAGGUGGGUUUCUCCGUAUCAUCACUCGAUUAAACUCCUUCAUUUCAUGCAUAGUUUCUUUUCUCAGCAAUUAUCAGUUGCUUUUAUUUUGUUGUUUUGAAGUUGCUUGAGAGCGAAGUGCUGUUAUGAAUGAUAUGAACAUUGAGUCUACCAAGUA